AAGUUUAGCUCCAGAACAGGACAGACUACCUUGUCACACAAACGGGAUAUUUAUAACUCUUACUACUUCCCAGUAGCACACCUAGAUCACUAACGUAAGGAUGGUGAUGUCUGUUUAUGAAUCCGGAGUCCAGUGUACCCUGGUAGGGGACGGGAUGGUCGGAAAAACGUGCCUUGCACGUUCAUUUGCUGACCGGACAUUUCCGGUCAAGUAUGUGGCUACCGUGAUGGACAAGUACAGCGGUACCACCUAUGUGGAUGGAAACAAGUACGGGAUUACUCUCACGGACAUGGCUGGAGAGCAUGAUGACCUCGCCACCAGUACAUACAAAGAGACUGAUGUCUUUGUCGUCUGCUACAGCGUGGUGGACAGGGACUCUUUGGACAGUGUCCGGGACUUCUGGGCUCCAGAAAUCCGAAACAUCGCCAAGAAACGACCGGUGAUCCUUGUCGCUACCCAGACCGAUCUCCGUAAGGACACAAAGUCUCAGCAUGUUAGUAAGAAAGAGGGAGAAUCCUUGGCCAAGCAUAUCAAAGCCGAUGGUUUUCUCGAGAGCUCAGCCUUUGCUAAAGAAGGAAUUUCUGCUGUGUUUAAAACCGUUGUGCAGUCUUCUCUACGAUUCAACAAGAAGAAGUGUAACAUCAUGAAACGCGUGUUCAACAGGUGAAGAAACUGUUCCAGUAAAUGGACUUGACUUACAAUGAUCCCCUGUGAUCAUAUACAAGAUGACCUCUUGUAUCGGUUCCCAUACCGUACCGGUCAAUUUGACCCGGCUCAGUACACAGUGGACUGACCAUGCUGAGCCGAGGUCAUCGACCAACAAAGGAGGGCGUGGUGGUUACUCUUCCUCAUACACGUGUUUGUGCAUUUCACUCGGAACUGGUUCCAACACAUUAUAUUUUUGCUUUGUAAUGAUGUUUUUACCUGUAUAAUGCACUGUAGUAUAUGAUGGGUGGUACCCCCUAAAGUGACAUCAACUGUAUAAUUACAUAUGGAGAUGAAAUCUCGGCCAUUGUGCACCAUCAUCGACCGUGACUCUGUUCACAAUGUAUAAAGACAUAUCAAGAGAAGAACACUUGCAUAUUAAAUCGUUGUGUGACACGACUAGGAGACGGAAUCACAUAACACCGGUAGCCUUGACACCGGCUGAACUUUGUUUCAUAACAUCGUGGUAAAACUGUCGUUGUCAUGAGAAAAUUUCAACAUCAUUUAAUAAAGAAAAGUAAAAUUGAUCAA